ACGGAAAUGUCCCAAAUUGGAAGUGCUCCUUCUCUCUCUCUCUCUCUCUCAGUGUUUGUCGCAAGCAAAAAUGGAGGCAAACUUGCUCCCGCUAUCAGGCGCACCUCCCUUACAAUCCUUUCUUUCACCCACUAACGUGCGCAUCUCCAGUUUAAAAACCACUUGCCCAUCUGGAGCAGUUUUGAGAAGGAGCAUGAACAAAGAAGAGCAACUUCUGGAAGGGAUGCCAAAGGAGUAUUACGAUGAUGAAUGGCAAGCCAGACAACGGGAAAAGACAAAGGAGUUACAUAGAAGACGUCGAGAGGAAGAGGAAGAAGAGGAACAAAAGAUUGAAGAGUAUCGUGAAAUUGGCAUGCGUUUGAUGGGGUACCCAGAAGAAGAUGUCAGAAAAGCAAGAAAAUUAGUUUCAAGCUUCAUUAGGGCUGAAGAAGAGGUGGAAGAGAAAAUUGAGGAGGCUGCGGAGAGAGGUGAACUCACUGAACUUGUGCUAAUGGUUAUAUGGAAUCGUCUUGAUCUUGCACGGCAUGAUGAUGAAAAGGAUGCCAUUAGGAGUCUUGAUCUUCUUUACAGAAGAGUUGAGACUGAGAUAUUGAAACGGGAGGCUACUCCUGCCAUGAGACUGCUCAAUGAUCUCUUGAAUAUGCAUGAUGGUUUUAACGAUGAAGGAUGGCUGAAGGAAUGCAAAAAACGCAUGGCUGAUACUUUUCCGCGGGAGGAUCCCUUUAGCAUCCUUGUACCAGCUGGGUUUGACAUUGAUAAGCAUCAUGGGCCAUUGUCACUGCCACUUGAAGCAGAUGUUCUUCUGAGAGUAGAUUUUGUAAGAGAGGUGGAUGCUUUGCUACAAGAGGUUCGAUCGGAACAAAAUGAAGCACAAAGCAUAGAAGGGCUUGAUCCAGAGUCUGUUGCAGUAAGAUUGAAGGAACAGGAGAAGAAACGAACCAUUCACCAAGUUGAAACUCUGCUAGACUUGGCCAUUAAUUUGAAGUGGUAGCCUUAGUUUUUCCAUUUUUGGGGCCUGAUUGUUGGGUUCAGGAGAAAAACAGGCAUCCAGUUCUGGUCAGUUUCUGCAUAUUGGGCAGAUUUUGGUUUGUAAGAUCCAAUGAAACUUGUACUGGUAGCCAGGUAUAGCAUUUGUACUUCUAGGAGUAUAUAGUUCGUAGGGUACAGAGAAUUAAUAGGUGGGAGUAUGUAUGUGUUUUGAAUGCAAUUUUGUACUGUGCGGGGGCUUUUCUUCAACUGGAUUGCUUUCCGCCUUUGCCGCUAUGUGCAAUGAAGGUGAAAACAUUGAAUUACAAGCUUUAUGUUUAGAA